UAGAGCACUUCUCAUUGGCCAAAAUACACUUGUAGGGAGUAUUUAUUUCUCAGCAACACAGCAUUCCCUGUCAUCCAUGCAGUUAUAUCAGAAGUGGAUUUUGUUUCAUCAAUUGACGUGUAACAGUGAAUAAGUAUGGACAACAAAGACACAUAUUUGCUGAACUUUAAAGGCUAUAAUUUUGAAUCUCCUUUAGUUGAUGUUGACUUUCUAGAAAAUCUAGAUGACUUUGAAAUUAGAGAUGAUGAUGUCUUCAUAAUUACGUAUCCAAAAUCUGGUACCAUCUGGACUCAGCAGAUUCUCAGCUUGAUUUAUUUUGAGGGUCAUCGUAACAGAACUGAAGACUUGGCAACGCUUGUUAGAAUCCCCUUCUUGGAAUACAAUAUACGCAAAACAGACUUUCUCAACAGACUGUCUCCUCGCCUCUUCUGUUCCCACCUUCCAUAUUAUUUAGUACCAAAAGGUCUCAAGAGCAAAAAAGCUAAAAUUAUUUACGUCUACAGAAACCCCAAGGAUGUUAUGACUUCAUUCUUUCACUUUUCAAAUAUGGUGGUUGCACUUGAAGCUGCGAAUGAUAUGGAACAUUUCAUGAAAAGGUUUCUAGAUGGAAAUGUGGUAGGAAGCCGUUGGUUUGAUCACGUCAGAGGCUGGUAUGAGCACAGACAUGACUUCAGUAUUCUGUUUAUGAUGUAUGAGGAAAUGAAAAAGGAUCGCAGAAGUUCUGUGCUUAAAAUCAGCCGUUUUCUUGAGAAAGAACUGGGUGAAGAGGAUGUGGAAGCUAUUGUGGAACAGGCUACAUUUCAGAACAUGCAGUCUGACCCCAGAGCCAAUUACGAUGAGAUUCUAAAAUAUGAAGUUGGGAAAAGAACAGAUGAGGGACAUUUUCUGCGCAAAGGUACCGUUGGAGACUGGAAACAUCACUUGUCAGUAGAGCAAAAUGAAAGAUUUGACAAAAUAUUCCAAAGGGAUAUGAAAGGUGUGCCUUUGAAGUUCAUCUGGGAUUUAAAUGAGGAGUAAAAUCAGUGUAAAAGAAUUCUAAAAAAAUCUAACUAGAGAGGCUAUUUUAAUAUACACAUUAAUUUGUGGUUCUUAUGCAAAUGUUAAUUAUAAUACUUUAUUAAUAAAAAAUGAGUAAACUGUGUUUAGAUUAGUUGUCAGGAUAUUGAUAAACACUUUGAAAUUUCAAAAAUUAAAAUGAUUUAGGAGAUAGUCUGCAUUGAUAUCCUGUAUUAAAAUUGAAAAACAGGAAGCAUGUAAUAGGAAUUAUAAAUGAUCUGAGUUUUCUGUAGUGUGUAUUUUUUCUUUAACUACAAUUAAAUUGAGUAUCAGUGAAACAUUAAAAUUUAUUUUAUUAAUGUAAUUAAACAUUAAUUCUUUGAUUUAAAAUAAUUGUGAAUGUUGAAAUAAAGAACUCUUAUGAAAGCA